AUGAGGUUCCUCUGGCGCGGCAAGCCGGGCAACCGGGUUCUGGUGAACGGGCAGAAGCCAAAGCAGGCGAGAAUGGCCUUGAAGCAUCAGGCGGCCCAGAGCUUUCUCGUUCUGAAGCAGAGCGCAGGGAGUUGCACGGAGAUGGUGGUCGUUCUAGUCUGCAAAGGCCGGAUGGCCUACUGCUUACAUGCAAAGGAUGAGGGGAACCCAGACGGCGAGGCCUUGUUGCUGGACGAAGGGAACAUCCUCUUCACGGCUGAUGGCUACGAUGUUUCAAGUCCUUUGAUCCCGCUCCUUUUUGCAGACGUCACGCACGCUCCGGUGAGGAAGAAGGUGGCCUUCUGCAGAAGCGAGCCGGCGUCACACGUAGUUCUUAUUGCACCUCGGCGAAGUGCAGAGUUGGCGCAAGAUCCUGAGGGCUGCCAGCAGGUUUGGCUGCUCUGCCUGGGCAAGUGCACAGACGCAGACCUGAGCGCCUUCCUUUUUCAUCUUAGCAGACGUGGAGCUCUCCGGUGGGAUGUUAAACAAUGCUACAGCAUCAACAGGCGCUGCCGUGGGAUUGGCGGGCAGGGCGCAGUGUUCACCGGAACUGCACGCACACCAACAGGAGAUCUUCAAGAUCCGAGGAUAAUGCGCGAAAUCCGAGGGCAGCUGACGCUGCCAGGUGUGCACGACCUUGACCAGGCGGCCGUGAAGGUUUGGGGCAAUGGAUCGAUGGCAGCGUUUCGUGCGGAAGUAGGCCACUUGCAAAAGAUGUGCGGGCAUCCCAACAUCAGCAGUUUGCUUGGAGUAUUCUGUGAGCUGGGUGAAGAUUCUGCUCAGAGGCCGCAGUGGGUCAUGGUGAUGGAGUUAUGUCCUGGUGGUGAUCUGUUUGACCUCGUCUCCGACGGCGUUAUUCCGCAGGAGAAUGUGCUGCAGAUCAUGGUCGGUGUCUUUUCCGCCCUGACCUACGUGCAUGCCAACAACAUUGUGCACCGGGAUGUGAAGGCUGAGAAUGUGGUCCUCCAUGGGGAGCGGGCAGUGCUCAUUGACUUUGGAAUCGCCUGCCGUAUGGAAGAAGCGGAGGAGAUGCGACGAAGGGUCGGUUCCCCCGGCUACGUGGCACCCGAGAUUAUUCGGGGCAAGCGAUACAACGAGCUCGUUGACAUCUUUGCAGCGGGCGUCAUCGUCUACUUCAUGCUGUGUGGCAGAUUGCCGUUCGCAGCAGAACAGCAGGAGACGAUUCUCGAGAAGACUGUCAAGUGCGAUGUGAACUACGGCUUGGAAGCCUUCGGCCGCGUGACGCCGCCGCUGCUAAACAUGGUGCGGCAGAUGAUCACUCCGAAUAUCCCAAGUCGACCGAGCGCACGCGUCUGCUUCGUCAACCUAAGCACGAUCGCCAGCCGAGCAGUCAGGAUGUCGGAAGCUUUCCGAAUCGCAAAAACUGCUCUGGCAACUUAG